AUGCAUUCCUUCGCGUUUCGCUUAGUGGCAGAGGAAGAGGAAGAACGGUUAAUGGCGCAGAAGGUCGAACGACGAAAAUUGCAUGAUGCCAUAAAUCCCUUCGAGUUGCCGCAAUCUUUAUUUGAAAAGUAUUACCGACUUAACAAGCCGGGAUUCCAAUAUUUGUUGGACGUAUUGACAGCAAAUACGGAGGCACCAAAGAAGGCUUUUGCGAUAUCUCCCAUCGCAAAACUGAGCGGGUGUUUAAGAUUUUUGGCUGAAGGUGGGUACCAGACGGGUGUGGGUAAAGACUGCGACGUGUCGUUGGCGCAAUCUAGUUUCAGCAAAGUAUUGACGGAAGUGCUGACUGUUUUUGGGCGCCAUUUGUGCCCGCAGUGGAUAAAGGUGAGCGAAAGCGAGGAGGAAAACAGGAAUAUCGCCCGAGCCUUUUACAUUAAACAUGACAUUCCGGGAGUUAUGGGGUGUAUUGAUGGCACCCUCUAAGAAU